GGGCAAGUGAUCGAAAUUAGGAAAGAGCUAGAGACAUGUCGAACAAAGACAUUCAAAGGAGCCUAUGGACCACCCUACGGCGUUAUAAGGGGAAGUGUAAGCCUAUAUGCGCUUGAGUUGAUGUUUGUAGAGGGAAAGAAGACUCCUUCGGAAUGUGAUUGUGUGAUUGGGAGGACACAUGGGCUCCCAUGCAGUUGUCGAAUCAACUCCUUUAAAGGAGCGGGAGACCAUUUUCAGAUAACACACUUGGCACCAUUCUGGUCUACUUUGGACUAUGCUAACCCUCAUGAUGCAAGACGGUUCGAAGAAAUGACGCCAAUGAUCUUCAGAUUUUUCAUGAUCUAG